UGGACAUACUUGUUUGAGUUGUGGCGUUGGGUAGUUGACAGGAAAGCGGAACUAGCUAACUAGCAAGCUAGCAGCACACUGAGCUAGCUUAACGAGUUGCCCCACGGAGCCUGCCCGGUUUACGGUCCUUUUCUAACACUACAGGAACUUCUCAGACAAUGCCGCAGAAAAUCGAGCUCGGUGCCACGGGGGUAGCCGCCAAACAGGACAGCAGCAACAUGGAAGACAUGACUGUGGAACAGAUCACCAUGAGGGCCAACCAAGUGACUGACGAGUCACUGGAAAGCACACGGAGGAUGCGGCAGAUGGCAGAGGAGAGCAAACAGACGGGCAUCAACACCAUGGUGAUGUUGGACGAGCAAAGAGAGCAGCUGAAGCGUGUGGAGGAGGGCAUGGACCAGAUCAACCAGGACAUGAAACAGGCUGAGAAAAACCUGACUGACCUCUCCAAGUGCUGCGGCAUCUGUGUCUGCCCCUGUGACAGGGUGUCGUCUAUCGAGAAUGACUCACGAUACAAGCGUACCUGGGGUAUUAAAGGAGGUGACGGAGACGUUGACUCCAAUGGCUCAAGGGUUGUUUCAAGGCAGCCCUCAGGUGUUCGCAACGGCCAGGCGGGCCAGGUGAACGCCCCGGCGCCCUCGGGGCCCUACAUCAAGAGGAUAACCAACGAUGCACGCGAGGAUGAGAUGGAGGAGAAUCUGGAUGCAGUGGGCAGCAUCAUUGGCAACCUGAAGACUAUGGCUCAGGACAUGGGCAACGAGAUCGACAAGCAGAACAAAAGCAUUGACAACAUCACUGAGAAGGCGGACAUGAACAGGCUUCGUAUCGAUGAAGCGAACAAGAGAGCCAACAAGCUCAUGAACUAGACAAGGAACCCUGCUUCUGCCAGUUUUAUCCAUCAACCUUGAGCCUCUGUCGCUACCCUCAUACACACACUGCAUAUUUGCACACAUGCACACACACACACACACUUUGACAUAAAAAAAAAAAAGAAAUCCAGUCUGAAAGAAUAUCUCUGCCAGCAGUGUGCUGACCCUAUGCUGCACUCAGACGUGAAAACAACACACAAACAUUUCCACAUUUUAUAAAUUGGACAACACCAACAUUACCCUUUGGCACACGCAUUCAUAGACAUGCUGGACUUUGAGAAGCAGCGUGGGCAUCAGAAACUGCACCACAGAGGAAGUGACUGACUGCCUAUCACUGCUGUGCGAUACCAAAUAUGCAUCAGGCCUGUUGUAUCAUAUCUCAAUAUUCACGUGAAGGGAAGUAGCACAGGUCAGCUGCUUUUCUUUAUUGUUUCUCAGUUUUGCCUUUCAGGAACUAUGAAGUGUGCGUCUCUGGUUCAUAUGGAUGACGGCAUGGAUACAUGCUCAUCAGCUGUCGUUUAGUGAUAUACAGCACAGCAUUAAUUACUGUGUCCCUCCUGUCAGUCAUAUCUUGAUACAGCUACAUCUAGUUUAAUCAUAAAACAUAGACUUUGAAAGCAUCUUAUUCAGAUCCUUACUGGUUCAACGUGUAAUGAAUUAAGUUUAUUGUAUCGUGUAUUGUUGAGAUGAUGUGCUUAUUUAAUAAUUCCUUAUCAAGCAGAAAUGACUUGUGAAUAAAGUUGUGUUUUUUAACACUUUGUUCUCAUGUCAUUUUUGCCAUUUCAGAUGUAAAAGCUUUUUCAAAAAAAGGAAAGAAAAUUAAAUGUGCUUUGGAGUGAGUCACGGCAAAUCCUUUCAUGCUGGAAUUCAAAGCACCUACCCCUGAGUCAUGGCAAUUUAAUGUUAAAAAUUUUUCGAUGAUAAUAAGUCAAGGUUGUUGUAACUAUUUGCAAGUAGAUUGUGAGGCGCUGAACUGGUGUGAGAAUUUAAUAUAUGCUACUAAUCACUUGUCCUUCAGAAUGUGAAGGAGGGUCAGUAGGCAUCGGGAGGAAUGUGCAUCGUUAACUCCUCCAAAGCAUCUAGUUUAUUUUAUAACGCUGAAUAUGUGAAGCAUGACAGCGGUUGAAUAACAGAUUUGUCAUCAGCGGAUCGACUGCUGUACUUCUUGUUUAGUGCCUCUCGCUGGUUUCUGCUCUCGCCGCAGUGUUGAUGUAAAUACUGAAACAUAUUGUCGCUGUGUAUUAAUUGCCUUUAGUCAUUCUGUUAAUCUAAUUUCAUUCUUCUUUCUUCGUCACCUUCUGGUUAAUAGAGAUUUAUGGCACCCAAGAGGAGACUUAACAGCCUAUGCAGGGCUCUUACACAAGUCUGGUAAUGUGCGGAAAAUUAAUUUCCUCAAGUCUAAUAAUUGCACAGUCUGUAAAAGUAUGAAAACAAAUGUUAAGUUUGGAAACACACGGCUGUACGUUAUUUAAGCCGCCUUCGUUUCUCAUAUCAGCUCACUAGGUUGUUGUCAUUACGGCAUAUGCAGCAGUUUUGUCAUAAUGAAAACGACCUGGAAUGUUAAAAAUGAGUCUGUUAGAAAUGUUUGUGUGUGUAGGAGCCCUCUCACUGCCUCAUAGAUGAUCCAUGGUUGUGUUGUAACAGCCACUGUGUCACAAACAGCUCCUCUUGCAUCUGCUCUGUAAAUAGCCAGUUUUCACAGCAGAGCUGCAGUAAAAUCAUAAUAUCUGACGAUGGAAAGCAUAAUUUGUUUUGUCGACGCUGUAGCCAGGCUGAGAAAUUACUGCUGGCAGCAAGAUACAAAAGCAUACAUGUAAAUGAAUGAUGUUUUAAGGGGUAAACGUGGAAGCGGGAUAAGUCCUGGCGGGCGCUGUUAAGGCCUCUCGCUGUGCAAAAUUGGCUAAUGAUAAAGUAGUACAGUAUGCUGAACAUAUCUCUGGUAUGCAUCUUCUGGCUUAUUUGUUUUGAAGAAAAAUAAUUUGUAUGCUCUGCCACAGGCAUACACCUAUUGAGUCUGUAAAGAUUGAAAUGAACUGUUAUUCAGGGCUUUGUAUUGCUAUAAGUGAUCAUCCUCACUCUGUUACUUGUCAGCUGAGAUCUAAUUAGUCCAGCCUGAGGCUGACUCGCUGUCUGGAGGCUGUUUAUUCAUUGUUUUACCAACAGCCACUGGAAUGUAAAUCCAACCGGUUCUUUUGUCGAUUUUUGAAUAUGUUCAUAAGCAGCUCGUCUUAUCUGAAAUUAGCUCGGUGAACAGGUGACUGUUCAACAAAGUCAAAACUGCCUCUUGUUUCACACCUGCCUCUGUUUAAUUGUUUCAAUAAAUGUAUUCUGAAAGUCA